CAAGUAAAGCAUUUUCAGAAAAACAAAAUAAAAACCAAAACGAAGUCACAAUGCGCAAUUUCGCUUCUCAUCUUCUUCUCCCCCACCCACCCUACCAUUUCACCCUACCAUGCCCCGUCGGAAAAAUUCUGAGACAAAUAGAUCAACAUCCGUAGCUUUUCGACACCCUAAAACGGACCCGAAUCGUUAUCGGGGCGUCCGUAAACGGCCGUGGGGCCGGUUCGCAGCCGAGAUACGAGACCCGAUAAAAAAAGCUCGGGUCUGGCUUGGCACCUUUGACACGGCGGAGGAUGCUGCACGCGCUUACGAUGAUGCCGCACGCGCCUUCCAUGGACCCAAAGCGAAAACCAAUUUUUCAGUUUUGCCUCCGUAUGGGCAGAACCAGUUUGAAAAUUUUAACUGGCCGGCUUCCAGUAGCCUGAGCAGUACGGUGGAGUCAUCCAGCGGGGCGCGUGAUUUGCACUCGCGGGUUGAAAUUACUCGCCGGAUUACUCCGCCGGCGGUGGAGUGUUACAGUUGUUGCGAUUCGUCAUCGACUGUGGUGGAUGAUAAUAUUGACGUCGAUUCGUCGUCGUUUUGUAAACAGCCUCUGCCGUUUGAUUUGAACUUGCUCCCUCCGUCUGAUGACGUUGAUGAUGUCCAUGUUACCCCUUGUAUUUUUAGUUAUGUUAAUUAAUUUGAUUAUGAUGAAAAAAAAAACUCUUUUUUCUAUGUUAUUUAUCCAUGUGGUGGAUGUUGAGAAAUUAAUAACCAAAUGGGUUUUUAAAUUAUGCAUAGAUUAAUUUACUGAGUCAUGAUGUUAUCUAAAUCAGAAAAGAAUGUAUCUUUACUAUAGAACGUUGGAUCUGAUGCUGAGUUUUUUUUUAUAAUUAUUAUUGUUUUUGAUUUAUAAGAUUUACCUUUUUUUGUAUUAUGAAACUGAAUUGGUAAAAUGUUCUUCCUUAUGAAAUUGGAACAUUUUUUUUGUCUCUGUGCGUUUUCUUCUGGUAAAAUGGGUCUGAAUACAGCAUAUUGGACAAGAUGAUUUAUAUGAACUAACUUGGAUGGAGGCGUAGUUGAUUGAUUGAUUGCUUCUGUUUUUUGAGAAAUAUUCUUGUAGUACUAUGACUUCGUGCAGGAUAAUCGGAUGAGCACGCGUUGGCAGCAAUGGUGAUAAAUGAGGAGGAUAUAUGCUGUCGGGAAAGAAGAUCGAAGGAGCGGAGGCAUCUCAAAGAUUUAGCAGCCAAGUGAGUAGCUGCAUUUGACUUUAUAACUUGUUUCCUGCGUUUUACUAUUAUGAGUAGACGGACUGGUCCUUUAUACUUAUAAAUUAAGUACUAGUAAAUAGAGUGAUCACCUUUCCUUAGAAACUUGGAAUUUAGAGAGGCAACAAGUAUUGUUGCCAAGAAACAAAUUAUUGUGAAUUGAAGUUGAGAAAUUACUAGGUGAAGAACCAAUAGAGUGACGGAAACAUAAAGAAGUCAUCACCAAGGAGUGUGAUGGGAUGUAUGCCCUCGGAUUUGAGCCGGGUAUAGAGAAACUCUUGGCAGGGAGAGUGCUUCCACCUUUAGUGGGCCCUAUGCAGCGAAAAUGUGGAUUAGUCGGACCACUUGGUUUCAGAUACCGGAUGGUUAAACUGAAAAAAUAAAAAGAAACCUAAAGAAGUCUAGGGGAAUGACAAUUGUUCUAGCUCUACAAUUUUGCUGUUUAAGACUUAGUAUGUCGUGGUUUGUACCGCAUUUUAUCCAUUGGUGGCGAAUGGUUGGCUUGUGACAGAGUGACUUGAAUGUAAUGGCUGGCUCCUUUGCAUUUGUAGCCCUGACUGAUUAUUAGUAAUAGUGGAAUGUGGUAAAUCAUCCCCACCAUUUGCAAGAUGGAAUGCCCCAUUUUGAAAUUCACAAAGAGUACGGAGGAAGUUUAAAAGGUAAAUUUUUGAUUCUGAAAUUUGAGUUUAUUUUUCAAGCAUAUCUUUUAUCAUGUUAGCUAUAGACAAUCUUCCAACAUAUUCUCUUGUAUUCUACUUCCAUCAGAUGGCUUUUUCUGUUACGUAUAUGUUGAACUGGUUUUUUCGACUCUGUUACCAAUUACAUCUUUUUCUGUUACUCCAGGAAUUUUGUGCUUAUUCAACUAUGACUUCCUGAAGAUAAGGGAAAAUCGUGCAUGAUGAAGCCUUAUCCCACGGUUGAAAAACUUGCAAUUCCCGUUCUGUAUAGCGAGUUAGCUUCCUGUUGGGAUAUGUUUCAGAUAUGAUCCCUUUCUCUAGUUUGGCUCUCAAGCAGAUGUGGUUGUGCUUUGUAGUCAAUCAUCCAGCCAACGCCAUGGCUGUUCUGACAACAUCUUUCUUAGAUAAAUACAAUUGUGAUUUUACACAUCAUGUGUUCAUUUUGUUGCAAGCAGAAGCAAUAUGUAGUGAUGUGUAAUUCUAAGCAUGUUUACGUGUUCAUUUCGAGGCAACCUAUGGUUGAUUUUUAUCUUUCACGCUGAUCUUGCACAGGUCUCCAUGCAGUAGCGGAUUUAGACAUUGUGGGUUCCAAGUACAUCUAAUUCAACCUAUACUUGUUAUUUGCACAUAUAUUGGGUUGUCCUUGAUUGGUUGCUGCAUAAAAGUUGAAAUAUACAUUCUUCUUUGAGGAGCAUGUGCUUGUUUACUGAGAUUCUUGCCAUGCCUAAGCUUGCUAUUCAUCAAUUCUUAUCGGGAAGGUUCUAAACUCAUGAUGCUGUAACGAGAGGUGAAAUAUUAUUGCUGCAGAAACUGUAUUUGGCAAGUCCAGAAAACAAAAACUCUGUCCUCUCUUGGAAAAACAGCACUGCAUCAGAAAAUGGAUCUCUUCUCAACAUUAUGAAGAUGACAUUUUCUGUAGCUGUUCAAUACAUUUUGUAAUGUUUAUGACUUAAAAGUCACAAUGUCACUCAGUAUAUUUCUAUAAAGCUGUUGGUCC